CGGCAGCAACGUCGAAGCAGACGCAACUGAAGCAAGCUAAAGAGCUGCGAAUAUUACGCAUACGCGACGUGUGCCACAAGUGCCGCUAAAUUGACGCCAAAAAUUGAAACAGCUAACGAACAUUAGGCCGUUUUUUUGUUUGCCACGCUGUUGCUCGUUAGUGAAAUUCCAGUUCGCUGUUGACGGUUGCGAAUGGCGAAGUCGGGCGCAUAAUUUGUAUAGCAACAGCCAGCGGUAACGGGUCCAGGAUAACAAACUCGCUUAAAGCUGGCCAUAAACGUGCGUGUUACCGACUGGCAACAGUUUCAGUCUCAGCAUUGGCCAUGUGGCAACGACUACGUACAACGCUGCCGCCCUCGGCACGGGCAAGACGCAUGCCAAUGAGGCAAUGAGAUAAAUCACAGCCACCGAGAAGGACCACAACCAGCACAUCCUACCAAAUGCAAUCUAAAGUGUACGCUUCUUGGCCAAGUGCCACGUAGCUCUUCACGUACAGGCCAAAACAGCCGGCAGGACAACGCAAAGUUGAAGCUGAGUCUAAGUCGGAGACGGAGACAGCAUAACCACAGCCAGGAGAAAGAGAGUGGCAACGAGGAAGACAGAGAGAGAGAGAGGGGGAAAGAGCACGUCAUGUUGCGAGAUAUCUUUCUAUAUUUAGUUCUAAUCGUUUUAUUUUGCUUUAUUUUCAUGGCGCAGUUAAUCGUCAACGUUUACGCAUUCCAACGUCAGCCAACCCCCGCACAGAGGGCAGAACGCAAUGAAAUUAUAUUUGUCUAGGGCCCCCAAGGUGGCUAAGCCCCCAAUGUCCGCACCCCACCUCCAGGGAGGCGCCAAAGGCAUAAGUCAAGCAUUGCCGCUCUGGUUUGCCAUUUAAUGAGCAGAGCAGAGCAGAGCAAAGGAGACUGUGAAAACUUAAAGCUCAAAUCAAAGAAAACUCUUGCUGCCUGUUGGGUGUUGGCUGUUCUCUGUUGGCUGCUUUCUGUUGACUGUUCUCUGUUGGUUGUUGCUCUGAACUGAUAAACUAGGUUGCGCGCUAAUUAGUAACGGUAGUCUUGGGAGUGCUGUCAUGAAUGCACAAUACACUCGUGCACAAUGAAACUUUGCCCAACAAUAAGCCGCAACUGAAGCCGCGGUAAGCCAACUCGUUCGCUGCGAGUAAAUCGCGCAAAAGUUAUGCAAAGUGGCAAAAAAGGCUAAAAUAUACUCGGAAUAGUUGACUCGCAA